AUGAAAUUCCUCACACUGAGGUCCUACCAACAGGCGUGGGUCUUAACGCAGCAGAGUGCAAAGGGAGCACUUCCCGACAAUACACUGCGGAUUUGGCUUCCCCAUCAAUCGGAUGUGAGCAGAGCUAGGCCCGAGUCGACCAUGGGCCCCAUACCGUUGUGCGUGUUGCCCCUUCUAUCUCUGGCCGUGCUGUCUGCUGCAACUGCAGUACACGAUGACUACACCUGGCCACAGUGGGACGUGCCUCGGGUGAGGAACAGACGUACCACCUUCCUCUCCAGCCCCCACUUCUCAGCAAAGCCUCAGCCAGAGCUCAGUGCCACAUGUGGGAUCGAGUGCCAGCGCCGCCUCCCUGUGCCUUCUCUGGAUGACGUGGAGCAGUUUUUGUCCUACGAGACCGUCUACGAAAAUGGCACACGCACCUAUACUUCAGUGUCAGUACAGGGGCUCGAUGAGGCCACCGCCUGGGCCAAAAAUGCCACUUCCCACUCUCGUCACAAGAGAGAGGUUUACGGAACAGACUCCCGCUUCACUAUUUCAGACAAGCAGUACUCUACUAAAUACCCUUUCUCCACCUCUGUCAAAAUCUCCACUGGAUGCUCGGGGGUCCUAGUGUCGCCUAAACAUGUACUAACCGCUGCCCACUGCAUCCAUGAUGGGAAGGAUUACCUGGGUGGGGUGCAGAAACUGCGAGUUGGCAUCCUGAAAGAGAAGUCCAAACGUGGGAAAGGGGCAAAGGGCGGUCGAGGGAAGGGCAAAAAGAGGAAGGGAGAAAGGCCAGAGGAGGAUCCCCAAGUGGAUGGUACAGAGAAAACAGAACGGAAAGGGAAAGGCAAAGGCAGAAAGAGCCGGAGCAGGCGCAGCGUCGAACCAGGGAAACCAUCUUUUAAGUGGACCAGGGUGAAGAAGACCCAAGUACCCAAAGGCUGGUUCAAAAGUGUUUCUAAUGGACUGGCUGCGGAUUAUGACUACGCACUUCUGGAGCUGAAGAAGGCCUCCAAAAUCAAACACAUGGAUCUUGGUGUGAUCCCGUCGGUGAAGAAACUCCCUGCUGGAAGGAUACAUUUUUCGGGUUUUGACGACGACCGACCAGGCAACUUGGUUUAUCGCUUCUGCUCAGUCUCCCAGGAGUCCAGCGACCUUCUGUACCAGUACUGCGACGCCAAGCCGGGCUCCAGCGGCUCUGGGGUCUACAUCCGACUGAAGGAGCCUGGAAAGAAGAAGUGGACGAGGAAGAUCAUUGGGGUGUUCUCGGGGCAUCAGUGGGUGGAUGUCAAUGGGAAUGGAGCUCAGCAGGACUUCAACGUGGCAGUCAGGAUUACCCCACUCAAGUACGCUCAGAUCUGUGAGUGGGUGCACGGGGACUCGAGUAAGUGCAGCCGUGUGGCCUAA